AGAGGGCGGGAGCGGGGCGCGGCGCCGCGGGAACCCAGGGCAUGGAGGCCGAAGCCGCCCGCCGCGCCGCAGGCAUCUACCCAGUAGAUAUUUUGGAAGAUGAUCCUGAAAGGCUGUGGGAAGCAGGGCUUGCUUACUAUGCCACACUCAGGGAAAGAGUUCGUUCCUCGUCAGAAGUUUUCUCUCUUCCCACGGGAGAGCAGGUUAAACUUGAAGAUUCGUCUGUUUGCUUUUGUACUGUGCAUCGGGAUGAACCUCAACAUAAGAUAUUGGUUUUGGUUAAUCCCCAGGACACAAAGACAGUUGUGGCUGUUUACAUAAAGGGAUGCUGGUGGUCUACCGAAGAUGUGUUACGAACCUCUGAUCCUGCGAGAGAAGGUCUGAUGAAGGUUCAGUCAUUCGGGGAAAGGAUUGUGCUUUUCAUUCUAAAUGUCAUUAUUUUUGGAAGAUUGGAGAGAAAUUUGGAUGAUGAUGACAUGUUUUUUCUACCUCACUCUGUGAAGGAGCAAGCUAAAAUUCUGUGGAGAAACGGAGCGGCUGUUGGAUUUUACACAACCAAAAUGAAAGGUGGCCUGUGUGGCGAUGGUACCGGUGCAUGCUAUGCGCUGCCUGUCUUCGACACCGUGUUCGUGAGGAGAAGACACCGCCGCCAGGGCCUGGGGCUGGCCAUGCUGAGGGACUUCUGCGAGACCUUCAAGGGGGACGAGGCCCUGGGCGUCAGCUCCCCAAUUUCUCCGGCCAUGUACCGAGUCUGUAGGAAGUUCCUGAUGUCCCAUCCGGAGGAACGGGGGCGCCUGUGGGAGGUGGAGCCCCCGGGAGCCUGGGGCCAGCGAGUCAGCAUCUGGCUCAAGAUUCAACUUCAACACGCAAGCCUUCCCAACUGAGAGGAUCAGUGGAGGAGAAUCGGAAAACACAAGGAAUGAUGAAGAUUGUGGCAAAAGGAAGAGCUGCCUGUGAGACCCAGGAGCACUGGCAGGGGAUCUGUUGGGCAGAGCUGGGUCUGGGAAAGAGGCCAAGAGGACAGCGGUGGGCAGGGGCUGGCCAGGGAGGCAUGGUGGAAGCAUGUGCAGCCAAGUUCCUAGCUCCUGUGUGGCAGGCCUGGGCUGCGGGGCCUGUCCUGGGGGGGAUCCAGCUGCUGUGCCUUGUUGUAAUCUUUGGGGAGACAGUGACCACCCAGGCCCUGCCCUUCUCACAGGCCUGCUGCAGGGGCUCGGGUAAUAGAACGUCUGAGAAAAUAGCAUGGAUUGCUAUGCGGGUGCAAGCAGUUAUCUUCACAAGCUAAUUUUUGGCAGUUCCAAGAGAUUUCAGAAGCUCAUUCAUUAAACCUGCUAUGGUUUCUAUUACGUAGGAUAAAUUUGUAAUGGCUGCACUGGAACCACAUGAAUGUUUUCCUAAACAUAUCUCUUUCCUUAGUCAGUAAGCUCAGAGAGAGGGCCACGCCCAUUUUGUUUGGUGCUGAAGAAAUCCUUUACGGGGUCAUGCAUGCCAGCCCCGUUGUAAUUGUGGGAGACAGACACCAGAGAGAUCACUAUGGAGACACAUGCCUUUCUGGGGAAGUUACAGCCAGCAUCAGAUGGGCAAGAGCAUCCCAAGAGCCGGGCUGGCUGGCUGGUGCAUGCUGUGUGCCUCUUGCCCAUAUCCCACCUGGGGUCAGUCAUCACCUAAUUUAAUGAGAAGUCACUGGAUGGGAAUUUGGAAUGAUAGCUCUUUUAGCAUAUUGGUGGCCUUGAGGGUAAGUGUAAAAAUAACAGCCUGACUUAAGUGUGACAGCCAGUCUUCCCCUUCUCAAAUACCUGCAGAGCCCAGCUCUGUGGCAUGUGCUCUGUCACUGCUGGGGAUCCAUCCAUCCAUUCAUCUGUCCAGCUGUCUGUUGGUCCAUCCAUUUCCCCUCCUUCACUCCUUCCAAUCCCUCUCUUCAUCCAUGCAUCCCACCAUCCUUUCAUCCAUCCAUCCAUCCACCUAUCCAUCCCACCAUCCGUCUAUCCAUCCAUCCAUCCAUCCAUCCGUCCGUCUGUCUAUCCAUCCAGCACUCUGUGUGCUUGCUUAGGAUCAAGCUCUGUGCUGGGCAUUGGUGAUACACGGAUAAGUGGGGCUUAGUUGCUAGGUUCAAACAGAGAAAACUGUUCUCUCUGGAGAAGUUUCUUCUGGAGUAUUCCACUGGUAUUUUUGUCUCUUUUCCAGCCAUUUCAGAGAGGAAAGAGUCCAGUUGAAUAGAAACAGAGUUCUAGAACUCCUUAUGGAGAAAUCACGAAGCCCGCUGUGCACAUGGGCUCUCUGUGAAGGAGGCACAGGCCAUCAAAGUGGACUCAGUCUGCAGCUGAAGGGUGCCCUGUGUGUGAUGUCAGCCAUAACUUUCAGCAUGCAUCUGUGAACACUGUACCAUUUGAUAUGGAUGGCUCGUGUUUGUGUUUAGAUGAAAAUCAAGUGGUGAAAAGCAUCUCAACUUUGAUGUAGUUACUGUUCAAUAAAAGACUCCUCCCAUGAAAGAAAAGCUGAUAUGCCAGUGGAAGUUCAUUUAAAGACAUAUAAGCCAACAGCUCAGAGUUAGAAGGAAAUCCUCUGGAGCUCGGAUCCCCGCCCCACCCAUCAGUAGCACACUUGGGGUUGGGUCUGAGGUUGUGCUCAGUAUUCCUUUUUAUGCCCUGUGUACAGGGAGUGAGCAGUUAAUGAU